CUAUUUCCCAUUUAUGUGUGUGUGUGCGUGCGUGCGUGCGUGCGUGCGUGUGUGAAAACUGAGACUAGACACCUACCUCACAAAGGAAUGGUUGAGGGGUGUGUUCUAGAGUUCAACUGGGAAGAGAAAGACAAGCAAAACACAAACUUUACUUUCUUGCAAAUGCCAAAAGACCAUUGACCAGGUGGAGUGUCGAAUACUUGCACCAAAAGGUGAAGAUAGAAAAUAAAAGGCAGCGAGAGGAAAAAGGAGCAGAGGAAAGGAGCACAGGGCGAAGCAGGAACACACAAAUCAGACAGCACAAUGGAAAGCUACACCAUCACUGUGGCAACCGGCACAUCCGAGUACUCAGGUACCAGCAACUACAUUUAUGUGACCCUGGUGGGGAAGAUGGGGGAGAGUGAACGCACCCUACUGGACAAACCAGGCCUGGACUUCUGUCGAGGGGCGGUGGAUGAGUACAAGGUAAGCAGUCAUACCACUCUAGGCCCCCUGCUACUGGUCAGACUGGAAAAAGAGCGAUACUGGGUAGAAGAUAACUGGUUCUGCCGCUAUGUCACUGUGAAACCUCCAAUUGGAGACAAAGUGCUGACCUUCCCUUGUUACCGCUGGUUUGUGGGAGAUGUCACGGUGGAGAUACGAGAAGGAACAGCCAAGACGCAUAGAGAAGACUCCUUAGCUCUACUCCAAGCUCACAGAAAAAGAGAACUUCAGGAUAGACAGCAGAGUUACAGAUGGCAAACCUGGGCUACAGGGAUACCGCAAUGUAUCGAUGCUAAAACAGAAGCAGAUUUGCCCCAAGAUGCUCGUUUUGACAAUGAGAAGAGGAGUGACUUUGAGUAUUCCUUACAUUUUGCCUUGUUGGAGUUGUCGCUGAAGAAACUCGCUAUCAGUUUUGGGAAUUCCUGGGACAACCUGGAUGAUUUCAAACGGAUCUUCUGGAAACUCCGAAGCCCGAUAUCUGAGUACUGCAUGGAUCACUGGAAGGAAGACUGGUUCUUUGGCUACCAGUGCCUGAAUGGCUCUAACCCCAGAAUGAUCCGCAGAUGCAAAAGACUACCAGAGAAAUUUCCAGUCUCAGCUUCCAUGGUGCAGAGCUCAUUCCCUCCCAGGACCAACAUGGACAAUGAACUGAAGGCUGGGAACAUCUUUUUGUUAGAUUACGUCAUCAUGGAAGGGAUUCCCAGCAACACAAUCAAGGGUAAACGGCAAUACAUCGCUGCUCCUCUCUGUCUCCUUUACCAACAUCCAGACCAAGGGCUUAUACCCAUUGCUAUUCAGCUGGGGCAGACGCCGGGCUUGGACACACCCAUUUUUCUGCCCAAAGACCCGCACCUUGCCUGGCUACUGGCAAAGAUGUGGGUGCGUCACUCCGAGUUUCAGAUCUUCCAGGUGCUAUCUCACCUGCUCAGGACUCACCUGGUGGUGGAGGUGUUCUGUGUGGCCACACUGAGACAGUUGCCAGCUGUACAUCCCAUUUAUAAGCUCCUGGUCCCCCAUCAGCGCUACACACUGGAGAUUAACUGUAGGGGACGCACACAGCUCAUCUCUUCAGAUGGCAUCUUUAAACGGGUUGUGUCUACAGGUGGUGAUGGUCUGCUCAUUCUGGCCCAGAGAGACUACAAGGGUCUCACCUACCGCUCACUCCAACCAUACUUGGAUUUUGCUGAUCGAGGAGUUUCUCAGCUUCCAAAGUAUUUCUACCGAGAACACAGUCUGAUGCUGUGGGAGGCCAUACACAGCUUUGUCUCACAAAUGGUGAGCUUGUUCUACCAGUUUGACCAAGAUGUAUGUCAGGACCCAGAACUCCAAGCCUGGAUCAGAGACAUCACACAAGUGGGCUUCUCAGAACUCCCCAACUUUGGUCUUCCUGGUGAGCUGAGAAGCAAAGAGGAACUGUCCACCUUGCUUACAGUCGUCAUUUUCACCAGCACAGUCCAGCAUGCUGCUUCUAACAAUGGGCAGUUUGACUGGUGUGCAUGGAUACCAAACACGCCUUGCACCAUGAGACAGCCACCACCAACAGACAAAGACGCUGUUACAUUGGGAAUGAUCAUGGCCACCCUUCCUGAUGUCAGUCAGUCAUGUGUGCAGAUGGCCAUCACAUGGCAUCUGGGACGGCCACAACCUGAUGCAAUUUUUUUGGGUGACUACACAGAGCAGCACUUCACUGAGGGGCCGGCUUUGGAGCUGAUUGACAGAUUUAGAAAGGACCUGAAAGAGAUUGAAGGCCACAUCCUGAGUCAGAACGAAGGACAGGAGCUGCCGUACCUUUUCCUCCUGCCCAGUCGUGUAGAAAACAGCAUCACAAUAUAAAAAAACGACAAUCUUCACCUCAAGUGUGCAACAAAGAGUUUUGUAAUCAACAUUUGUUAUUCUUUAUAUAAAGAAAUAGUAUCGUACAUGUUAACAGUGUACAGCGGUAUGUAUCCUCUUCUGUGUCAGCAUCAUGCUGGGCAAUAGAUGAGAUAAUUCUACAAAUGUAAAUAGCUGACAGUGAAAACUGACAAGAGCCACUGUGUGCAUCAUCAAGUCUGGUUGAAUGUACAUUCUAGUUACAGCACUGUAAAACGAGUCCUCUGUGGUCUGAAUCAGUGUGUGGGCCGUCGGUUCCUGAACUGAAGUCUUCUUCUGCUUGUUCCUCUACUUCCAAAUGGACUUGACCUUUUUCAAGAUGGAUGUGAUCGCGGGUUUAGUGGCUUGGCUGUCUGAGGCCAUGUCAAGACUGGCACCAGGACAACAACCACCAUCCAAAAUAUUUGGGCGUAUCCUCCGUGAACGGCUCAUUUUCCACCUUUUCCACAGGGACUUCCUCUUGGAAUGUAGCGCUCCUGGUUGCAUCUCUUCGUGAAGAGCAGCUUCUGAUAAGCACUUCUUUUGUUUUCCUUCUAACAGCUUGUAGCUGCCAGAAGAAGGGAUAGACAGGGAUCUGGUCUCUGGUGAAUCUCGCAGAACCAUCGAGGAACUGUCAACCUCGUCUUUGGACUGUUUUGUGUCGUGACAGACUAGCUCGCCUGUCAUGGCAGCACUCUCUAAGGAUUCCAUUGAGCUCCUCUCAGGGACGUAGACACGGACAGCAUCGCAGAGACCCUGUCUGAGGGAGCUUUCUAAUUUUUUGGAAAACUCCUGUCUGAAGAUAUUCUCAAAGAUACUGUAGAUGUUGUGCUCAUGUGCAUCCCCGUCAGACUGGAGAAGACUGAGCCCAGACUGAGCCUGCACUUCGUCUGUCUCUGUACCUCCCAGUUUACUGUCAGGAAUGGAUGACAUGACGAGAGACUUGCAGGACAAUACUUCUUGUGCCUUCUCAUCCAAAAUAUUUGGAGUAGAUUUUUCAUAUUUCAAUGUUUUCUUGAGCAUGUUUUCCUUCUCAAGAGUGGAUGAAGCAGGUGUGGUGGGGUGGGAUUGAGCCAUCGCAGUUUCCAAAAAUGGAGUGGAAAGCCCAGAGGAGGAUUCUCCCUCAAAGAAGCAGAAAUCCUCCACGACCAUGUGCUCUGAGAUAUCUGGAUGUUUCUCCUCUUUGCUGACACUUGUGCUUAUGUCUGCCUUCUCAACAAUGGAGGAUGGAUCCUCCAAAGAGCCUACAAGCUCAGCAUCCUCUAAUGAGCUGGAAAGCCCGGAGUGUGACUCCACCUCCACAGUGCUGUCUUCCUCAUUUUUUUCUCCUACCUCUUCCUUACUCAAGCUAUCAUGUUGUAGAACGUUCUCGUUUAUUUUCUCAUUCUUGACUUUGCCUUUCUUGCUCUUCUUGCCGGAGCGAGACUUCCACAUGGACUUCACUUUUUUGACAAUCGUUUUGCCGGCUGUCUUCGUAACUUGGCUGGCGGAGUCAAUGGUGUAAACCACAGGGUGAAUGACGUGGCUGAUUAUAUUUUUAGCCUUUUCGAUGAUGGGAGAGGAAGUGAGGGAAGAAGGCACAGGAGAACCUGCCUCUCCAGUGUCAUUCAAUCGGUGUAAAAGCCUGGAGGUGGAUCCAGCCUCAGAUAUGCAGCCAUCUUUCCUUGCUCCUUCUUCAGAGGCAUCUGGAAGUUUCUCAUCCAUUACAUUUAUUGAAGAGCCAGUGUCCAUAAACAAGGUGGACAGCCGAGGGGUGGACGCCUCUCCUUCCUCUUCCUCAGAGACAAAUGCUUUGACAGGUACCAUGUUUUUGCUGGCAUUUGCCUUCUGAAAGGUGGAAGCAGAAGGGAAGGGAGAGGGAGCAGAUGAACGUGCCACCCCAGUGGAGCUCGAUGUGGCUAUAAGGCUGGAGACAUAUUCCGUCUCUUCGAAGCACAUCUCCUUCUCCCGGUUGGCUGAAGAAGAAACUGAAGAAUUGGCGUCCCCGGUCUCCUCUAAAAUGGGGGACAGCAUGGGGGUCAACUGCAUUUCAAACCUGCAGAGCUCCUCCACUGCAUCCUCAUCCAAGAUGUCAGGAGGAAUGUAUUUGCUGUCUUUUCUGGCGCUCUUGAUCUUAUUUGUAGGCAAAGAGGAAGCAGAUGAACUUUCCUCUUCACGUUCCUCAGUUGCUGGUGCAAGCCUUGAUUUUUGUUCUGCCUCGCCCAGGAUACCUGGAGGUUCCUGAUGUUCAUCCCCUAUGCUGUGCAUGGAAGAGCGAGCAGAUCGAGCUUCCAUCCCAGGGUCCUCAGAAGUGGAUGGAAGACUGGAGCGUGGUUCUACUUCCUCCUCUACUUUAUCUUGACCCAACCACACUGACCGGACUUUUUUGGCGAGUGUUUUGCCGGCCGAUUUGGUAACUUCGAUGGUGUCCACCACAGGCUGCAUCACUUGGCUGAUCAUACUCAUGGCCUUCUCAAGGAUCGGAGAAGACAUGGAUGAAGAGUCAUCUAAUGGCUGUAAAGUUUCUCCUUCUUCCUUGGCCUCGUCAUUGCUGUCACCCACCUGGCUGUCCUCUAAGGUAUUACUGUCAGGCACUUCAUCCUUAGAUGACAUUACAGACCCCUCCUUUCCUUCCACCUUGGCAUGCUCGGCAAACAUGAGCCGCUCAGCAAAAAAGGCCUUAAGGUAUUCUUUAAUUUUCUGCUGAGUGAUAUUGCCGUACGACGACUCGUCAAUGUAAGUAUCCGAGUUGGAGCGUUCCUCUGCAUCCCAGAGGGCAAUUAGCUGCCUCAACUUUGCAAUGUCUGCAAUGCUUUUCUCCACAAUGCUCUUGAUGAUGUUGUUGAUCUUGUCAUCCUUCUCUUUGUCCAAUAGGCUUAAAGCUGUAUCCUGGAGGACACACAUCUGAUUAGCAUCCCGAUCCUUUUUAAAUAAAUGAUUACCUGUUUCAUUACCUGAUGCACUUCCGAAAUGUUCACAUGGUCGCCAAGCAUCCCCCGCUGUACAAAAAAUUCUUUGAGGCAUUUCUGAGUGUUGAGAAGGUCAAAAAUACCGUAUGGCGACAAUUGGCUCUUCUCUGUGAUCUUUCUCAGGUGAGUUUUGUUGAAACUCGCCGCCAUCUUCGCUUCCAUGGCCUUCAUCCCUUUCCUCCUUUUCUAAGAUUUCUGCUUUUCGGAACACAAUAUUUGUGGACAGGCACAACCUUUUCUUUUGCCUCUUUGAUCAAAGCCAUGCAAAGGAGAUUGAAGAAUGACAUCAGCAAAAUUUGUCAUGAAGGCAUGACAUCAUCAUGUUUUGUUGUCAUCAAAGUGUGAUGACUAAUAAUGAGGUUUCAAAUGAGCGGGAGCAAAUCAGUCGAGUUUAACUCCAAAGCAUCCAAUCGCGAGUUACCAACAGAAACUUACAAAGAUGGCUACCUUCCAUGUACAAAGUAGAUAACCAGCUCAAGUCAAACACGUCCCAUUUCUGCACUUUUAUUCAAACACGAUGUUAUCAUGUUAUAUUUUUUCAUCAAAUUUCUUUCUUUCAUUUAUACAGUAAGUCUGUUCUUUUGACAAGUUUAUGUUGUUAUACAUUUACUUUAAAUUCUGGUCAGCUGUCUGUUCAUUUUAAGUACACCAAAUCAUUAAAAGGAAAUAACAUGUAAGUCUCCUGCAACUUUCAGCUCCUUUCCAGCAGCUGUCACAAGUGCACCAUGUAAGCCUAAACAAGACAAAUAAAAAAAAGCCUUAUCACCACAAACGAUGCAAUAUUCCAAGUGAAGCUUCCUACAAGGGAAGGAGUCACAUGGAGAAGAGCCUUACAAAAUGAU